AUGACGUCGCACCACCACCGCUCCGGGCCGCUCAAGCAGAAGAACAAGAAGCACAAGACCGGCCGCCAUGAGUCCAAGACGCUGCUGGCGCGCCGCUCCGGCGGCAAGGUCGAGGGCCGCCGCGCCAGCGUGCGCAGCACGGGCUCGAGCAUCGGCAGCAUGAGCCUGUCGGGCCAGAAGGCGGCGCGUCUGCAGCGCCAGAAGCAGCUGCGCGGCAACAAGCGCGAGGAGAUGCUCCUGCAGCGCCGCUUCGGCCUCGGCAGCGCGCUCGGCCCGCCCAAGAUCGUGGCGCUGGUGGCGCUGAGCGAGAUGGCCAACCUGGCCGAGGUGCAGCAGAGCCUCCUGGAGGGCGCCUCGAGCGUGGAGGAGCCGGCCCAGGACGCCGUGGGCCUCAAGAACUGCACGGUCGGCGUGUUCAGCCAGCACAAGCAGAAGCUCUGCGUGAUCGACUGCGGCUGCAACCUGCUGGUGGCCCUGGACGCCGCCAAGGUGGCUGACGUCGUCGUGUUCGUGCUGUCCGUGCACAACGGCGCCGACGGCGGCCUGAGCGAGGAGGGUGUCCGCAUCGUGUCGGCCGUGCGCGCGCAGGGUCUGCCCACCACGGUGGGCCUCAUUCAGGGACUGGAGAAGCACACGCCCAAGGGCCAGGCCGAGCUCAAGAAGCUGGGCAACAAGUUCUUUGCCACCGAGUUCGGCGAGAACGCCAAGGUGGCCGUGGCCAAUGUGCCCGGCCAGCUGUCGCGCGUGCUGAUCACGCUCUCGCCCAAGGUGAUCCACUGGCGCGAGGCGCGUUCGUACAUGCUGGCCACGACGGCCACGUUCGUGCCCGGCUCGGAGGCGCAGAACGACAAGGGUGAACAGGUCGGCGAGCUGCAGGUCAACGGAUACCUGCGCGGCAAGCCGCUGUCGGUGAACCAGCUCAUCCACAUCACGGACGUGGGCACGUUCCAGCUGAGCCGCAUCACCCGUGCGGCUGCGCGUCAGACGCAGCGCGGAAAGAUUGACGCUGACAUGAGCGCGAAACCUCCGGUCGCUCCGGUGCCGGUCGGACAGGACGACGACCUGGUGCUUGCUACCGCCGACCCCGCGCUGCAGGAGGACCUGCGCUUCGAGGCCGAGUACGAUCCGUUUGCGUCCGAGCAGACCUGGCCCACCAACGAGGAGCUUGCCGAGGCUGAACAGGAAGCCAAGAAGCAGCGUCAGGCGGAAACUGCGGCCAACAAGGGCGCGUCCAGCUACCAGGCUGCUUGGCUGGACGGUGAAGAUGAGGACGAGGAUGAAAUGAAGGACGAUGGCGACGAAGAUGACUCGGCAGCGGUCAACCAGGACUUCUGCAAGACCGGCGACGAUGAAGAUGAUGAUGACGACGACGAUGACGAUAUGUUCAUGGUCGAUGAUGACUACGUUGAUCAGGCUCAAAAGCGCAAGGAUGAAGAGGAAAACAUGUCCUUCCCGGACGAAGUGGACGCGCCCGUCGACCAGCCCGCCCGUGUUCGUUUCGCUCGCUACCGUGGAAUGAAGUCGCUGCGCACGAGCGCCUGGGACCCGAAGGAGUCGCUUCCCUCGGACUACGCUCGUCUGUUUCAGUUCGCGGAUUUCGCCAUGGUGCAGCGCCUUGCUCUCGCUCGUGGCAAGGACGCCGAGCGUGCCAUGAAGGAGCAGCUCCGCCGCAAGUCCAAGACGCAGCAGGCGCGCUCUCGCACUUCAUCGAUGGUCAUGGAGGAUGUGGAGGACUCGGCUUCCGUUGCGUCGUCGUCUCUGGCCAGCGAGGCUCUGCCUGACGAGUUCGGUGAAAUGGGCUACGUUCCUUCGGGUGUUUUCGUCACGCUGCACCUCAAGAGCGUGCCCGUGGCUAAGCUGCAGGCGCGCAUUCAGGCUGGUCCUCUGGUCAUGGGCGCUCUGCUCAAGCACGAGAACCGUCUGAGUGUGCUCAACUUCUCGGUGCAGCGUGCUGCGUCUUUUGCUGGCGAGACGCUCAAGUCCAAGGAUGAGCUGUCUUUCCACUGUGGCUUCCGUCGAUUCUCCGGCAAGCCCGUUUUCAGCGACCAGAGUCUGAAGAGCGACCAGCACCUCUUCCAGCGCUUCCUGCCGCAGAGUGGCUGGAGCGUGGCAACCGUGUAUGGCCCCGUGACGUUCCAGCCUGCUUCCCUGCUGCUCUUCAAGCCCGAUGGCCAGCUUGUUGCCUCCGGCACGCUUAAGAACGUGAACCCGGACCGCGUCGUGCUCAAGCGUGUCAUCAUCACUGGCACGCCGGUGAAGGUGAAGAAGCGCAAGGCCGUUGUGCGCUACAUGUUCCACUCGCCGGAGGACAUCCGGUGGUUCAAGCCCGUGGAGCUUGUGACCAAGCACGGGUUGACAGGACACAUCAAGGAAUCUCUUGGUACGCACGGUGACCUCAAGGCCGUGUUCAACAAACCCAUCAAGCAGCACGACACCGUGUGCCUCCACCUAUAUAAGCGCGUCUACCCCAAGUUCCCGACGCAAAACCCUCUGUCGAACUAG